CUCACGCCUCACCGCGUCUCUGUUUUUCUCUCUCCUCGGGCGCACCAAAGGACAAGAAACUCUGGCAUGAACAAAUUCCCUCCGUUGCAGGAGAAUAUCUUGCACUCGAAACCGCAGGAAAAAAAUUUGCUGGAUCCAUUUCGAACGUUUCAGCAAAGUUUCUGGCUGUGGUUCGAGUACUCGAUAUCCUCCAUUUGCAUUGAUUCAUUUCUGCGCUCAGGCGCAUGUUCAUUUCAUUGCUUCCUUAAUUCGCCGGACGCCUAGCUUGCAUUAUCAACAUAUACCAGAGAAGACGUUAAUCCUCUGAUCUGUCAAAUUUGUAGAUACAUUCUGUUUCCUUGCGAUUAUUAUUGCGUUUCAACCUGGUUCUGAGUUUCUAAUUAAGGACCCAGAGGCGUUCCCCUGCAGGUUUCGUGAGGCUUUCAAAGGUUCGAACAAAAUCCAGCAACAAGGUGUGUGUUUGAAUCUGGCGUGACAUUUAAGACCUGAAGGGUAUUGGGCAGGGAGGAGGGGCGUUUUCAUUUCUAGAGAGGUGGGAGAAUUUUGAAAUUCAAUGGGAUGAAAAGGAAUGGACAUGACCAGAUCCAGUUAUGCAGUUAUUUAUGUGAUUCUUCUUUGUGCGUUGGCUAAAGGCGGCUCCGAAGGUAAGAGGUGGAAUCUGCACGAGAUUCUCAAAGAAGAAUGUCGUCUGUCGUCGUCACUUCUUGAAGACAGAAACAAGUUGGAGCAAGCUUGGAAACAUUGUAGGAAAGAAUUGGCAGAGAGGCACCACGGGAAUCAAGAUUCUGAUGACUCGCGUCCAGCCGCGGAAGCAGAACUUGAAAAUAUUCUACACAAAGCAACAGAGUUUCUGCCUCCCCAGUCCCAACAAAACUUUCUGGAUUGCAUCAGAACCAAAACUUCCAAUAUUGCGCCCGUCUCUCUAGACAAUGCUGCCUCUCCGCCUUUGUUUACCAAGUACUGGAAUAGUGGCUGUGAAAGGCAUUUGCUUGCCCAUUCACCAGACGACCAAAUCCCGCCAAGCACUACCCCUCCUCAUUCUUCUUCUCCAUCUUCAUCCCCAUCUCCGUCCCCAUCCCCGUCCCCGUCCCCGGCUCCUGGACUCGCAGGGGAAUCACCGAAUCAUGAUACAAACCCUCCUGAUUCUUCAUCUGAUGAUUCCCCUUCGGGUUCUCUUUCACCGUUGCCGCCGCCACCUCCGAAAUUUCCUAAACUUCCCCCACCCAAACCUUUAGCCUCUCCUCCUCCUCCUCCUCCUAAACGUGACGACAACAAUCAGCCGCUAAAAAUAAUUUUCAUUGCUGCAAUAACAGUUUGUGUAAUCGCAGCAUUAUUCUUAAUCUGCCUCUGCUGGGGCGCCAGCAGCAACAAUAACGUCGGCCCAAAAGAGGCACUAAAAGGCGACCGGCCUAUAGUCACAUUAGCCUCAUCUGAUGUUUUCGCGGGUAACUUUAUGUUUGGUUUUCAACGUUAUCCCAUUGAAUCCCUUUUACAUGGAUCUUCUAAUCUUUUUAUCAUUAUUUUUUCAUUUCUUGUUUCAGGUUCACAGAAGUUUGCUGUUCUGGAAAAGUCUGACAAGAAAGAAUCCACUACCAACGACAAUGUGAUCGCAAACUCUGGAGGUUGCUCAGUGACUGAGACAGCAUCGUCUACGAGACAAAUGGUGGCAGAGCCUCCUCUAAAACCUCCUCCGGGAAAACCAUCAGCUCCUCCACCCCCUCAGCCGCCGCCAGCUGCUCCUCGUGCCCCGCCACCUCCACCUCCAAAAGCUAAGGUUCCACCUGUUCCUCGGAAACCAAUUCAAGGCAAAAAAAGUGUUGAACAGGGCAACUCUAGCGAGGGAGGUGCAUUAGGUGCUCCGAAACCCAAAUUGAAGCCAUUUUUUUGGGAUAAAGUUAAUAAAGCUGAUCAAGGAAUGGUCUGGCAACAGAUCAAUCAAGGGUCAUUCCAGUUCAAUGAGGAAAUGAUGGAGUCUUUAUUUGGUUGCGGCCACCAGAAAAAAAAUGAACGCAAGAAAGAUGCAUCCCUUGAACCUGCAAUUCAAUACGUUCAGAUUAUUGACCCUAGAAAAGCACAGAAUCUAUCAAUUCUCUUGCGAGCGUUGAAUGUGACAACCGAAGAGGUCAUUGAUGCCCUCAAAGAAGGAAGCGAGAUUCCGGUUGAGAUCAUCCACUCAUUACUAAGGAUGACACUAACAACAGAUGAGGAAUUAAAGCUUAGAUUAUUCACUGGUGAUCUUAAUCAACUUGGCCCUGCUGAGAGAUUUCUCAAGGUUAUGGUUGACAUUCCAUUUGCCUUCAAACGUCUUGAAUCUUUGAUGUUCAUGAUUACCUUUACAGAAGAUGUCGCGAAUCUCAAGGAGUCCUUCGCAACACUAGAGGUUGCUUGCAACAACCUUAGAAAAAGCAGGUUAUUCUUGAAACUAUUAGAAGCAGUUCUGAAAACCGGCAACCGGAUGAAUGAUGGUACCUAUCGUGGUGGUGCUCAGGCAUUUAAGCUAGACACACUAUUAAAACUGUCCGAUGUAAAAGGAACUGAUGGCAAAACAACUCUAUUACACUUUGUGGUUCAGGAGAUUAUACGAUCUGAGGGUAUAAGAGCCGUACGAACACAGAAAGCUAACCAAACUAGCGGGUCUAGUGUGAAAACUGAGGAUUUCCUUGAUGACACUGAUGAAGAAUCGACAGUAGAGCAUUAUCGUGGACUUGGCCUUCGAGUGGUUUCAAGUUUAGGUGAGGAGCUAGAAGAUGUCAAAAAGGCAGCAGUUGUAGAUGGUGAAGGUCUAACAGCCACAACUUCAAAACUUGGCCAGUCAUUAUUGAAGUCCAAAGAAUUCCUCAGCAAUGAGUUGAAGAAUCUUGAUGAAGAUUCGGAAUUCCAUCGUUCUCUGCAAAGUUUUGUGGAUAAAGCAGAGGCAGAUAUCACAUGGCUGUUGGACGAAGAGAAGAGGAUAAUGGCUUUGGUAAAGAGCACAGCCGAUUAUUUCCACGGUACUGCAGGAAGGGACGAAGGGUUGCGCUUGUUUGUGGUGGUACGUGAUUUCUUGAUAAUGUUGGAUAAGGCAUGUAAAGAGGUUCAAGAUACAACCACGAAAUCAGCAAAGGCUUCAAAGAGAGAGAGUCCAACGACUGUGUCAUCUAUUGUAGGGACUCAGCAACUACAGGAUAUUCAUCAGAGACUAUUUCCAACAAUUGCAGAGCGGCGCAUGGGUUUCUCUGAUUCUGAUGAUGAGAGCUUGUCACCAUAGUCAUUUUGACUCUGAGACUCUCCUUUGCUCUUCUGCUUCGGCAAAGUCGAGGGAAAUAAUGUGGCUUAGUGAACAAGUUCAGUGCUUAAAAACUAUCGAAGGGACAUGUGUUAUAAGGUAACAUGUAAUAUGGGCGAGCUAUGUAAUGCCUAGUCUAUUAUGUUUAUAUGCCAGCUCCUCAUCAAGCUGUGAAUUGUAUGGGAUUUCUCUUUACAACUUGCCUCCUAACACAUUGAGGAAUAGAGCUAUGUUUUUCUUUUGGUUGAUUGAUUUGCACAGGAUUGGAACCUUGAACUGAAGUUGAGUAUAAAUGUGUGUCUACUUGAGCUAUACUCAUACUUUGCUUGGUGUGAUGAAAGCUUCUUCAAUAUCCCCAUUUGACUGCUAAUCAUAUUGUACUGAGCAACAUUCAUCUUGCAACAUUAUGCACAAGGAUUUGUUAUAAGGAUUCGUGAAGAUUGUGUAAUUUUUUUCACAUUCGGGAAAUAGUAAUAAUAUAUAGUUACAUAUUGAUGAUA